GACCGCCGGGGAGCCAUGGGUGCCGGGAGCUCCACGGAGCAGCGCAGCCCCGAGCAGCCGGAGGCGGGGAGCACCACGCCGGCCGAGCCCCAGCCCGGCGGCGGCGGCCUUGCGGCGGAGGCGGCUCCCGGCGAGCCGGGGGACCCCGCCAUCGCCGCCGCGGACCCCGCCACCAAGCUUCUGCAGAAGAAUGGUCAGCUGUCUAGUGCCAACGGCUUAGCUGAGGAAGAAGAGUUCAGCCCCCAGGAGGGAGCCCUGAACGGCCAGGAGGAAGAAGUCACUGUCACAGAUGUUGGACAGAGAGAGUCUGAAGAUGUGAGUGAAAGAGACUCAGAAAAAGACAUGGCUGCUGGUUCCGUAGUUGUUCAGGACAUCACAAAGGAUGGGCAGGAGGAGAUGCCUGAGACCAUCGAACAGAUUCCUUCUUCAGAAAGCAAUUUAGAAGAGCUGAUACAACCUACUGAGGCCCAGGCUAAUGAUGUUGGAUUUAAGAAGGUGUUUAAGUUUGUCGGCUUUAAAUUCACUGUAAAAAAGGAUAAGACCGAGAAGUCUGACACUGUCCAGCUACUCACUGUCAAAAAAGAUGAAGGUGAAGGAGUGGGAGGAGCAGAUGGGGCUGGUGACCACCAGGAGCCCAGCCAGGAGACUGGAGAAGCAACAGCCAAAGAAAGUGAACUGAAACAAUCCACAGAGAAACCUGAAGAAACCCUUAAAAGUGAGCAAAGCAGCACACAAAUUUCUCUUCAGGCUGAGUCUGGUCAAGCAGCAGAAGAAGGCAAAGAUGAAGGCGAAGAAAAGCAGAAAGAACCCACCAAAUCUCCAGACUCUCCCACUAGUCCAGUGGCCAGUGAAACAGCGUCACCCUUCAAAAAAUUCUUCACUCAAGGUUGGGCCGGCUGGAGAAAAAAGACCAGUUUCAGGAAGCCUAAGGAGGAUGAGCUGGAAGCUUCAGAGAAGAAAAAGGAGCAAGAGCCAGAAAAAGUAGACACAGAAGGACAGGAAAAGACCGAAGAUUCCCCUGAGAAGUUGGCUGCCCCUGAACAGGCGCACCCACCGGAGCCCACCGACAGUGCUAACGCGGCCAGAUUGUCAGCGGAAUAUGAAAAAGUGGAGCUGCCCUCUGAAGAUCAAGUGCAGGGACCUCCUGAAGAGAAACCUGCCCCUUUAGCAACAGAAGUAUUUGAUGAUAAAGUCGAGAUUGUUGCCGAAGUCCACGUUAGCAUGACAGAGAAGACCGAAGAGCAGAGAGCUGAGGUAGAAGAAGUAGUAGAGCCCUUACCAUCUGAAAAAGUGGCGGAAACACCUGCUGAGGAGCUGGUGAAGACCAAAGACGUGUGCGCCCCUGGAGGGGACCACACCCGGCCAAGCGACCUAAGCCCCGAUGACAAAGUGACGACUGCACACCCUGAGGGCGUCGUGAGUGAAGUGGACAUGCUGUCCUCGCAAGAGAGAAUAAAGGUGCAAGGAAGCCCUUUAAAGAAACUUUUUACUAGCACUGGCUUAAAAAAGCUUUCUGGAAAGAAACAGAAAGGGAAAAGAGGAGGAGGGGAUGAAGAGUCGGGGGAACACCAUCAAGUUGCAGCAGAGUCUCCAGACAGUACAGAUGAACAGAAGGGCGAGAGCUCCGCUUCAUCCCCUGAGGAACCAGAGGAGAUUACGUGUCUGGAGAAAGGCAUCGCGGACGCCCACCAGGAUGGCGAAGCUGAGGAAGGAGCUGUUUCUGAUGGGGAAAAGAAGAGAGAAGGUGUUACUCCCUGGGCGUCUUUCAAGAAGAUGGUGACGCCCAAGAAACGCGUUAGGCGGCUUUCAGAGAGUGAUAAAGAAGAUGAAUUGGAUAAAGUCAAGAGUGCCACCUUGUCUUCCACGGAGAGCGCGGCCUCUGAGUUGCAGGAGGAAGCGAAAGGAAAUGGAGAAGAGCAGAAACCAGAAGAACCGAAGCGCAAAGUUGACACUUCGGUAUCUUGGGAAGCUUUAAUUUGUGUGGGAUCAUCCAAGAAAAGAGCAAGAAAAGCAUCAUCUUCUGAUGAUGAAGGGGAACCAAAAGCCGUGGGAGGAGACAGCCAGAAACCAGAUGAUGCAGGAAAAGACAAAGAAACCGGACCAGACGCUGCCCUUGCUGGUUCCCAAGAACAUGAUCAAGGGCCAGGAAGCUCCUCACCUGAGCAAGCUGGAAGCCCCACCGAAGGGGAGGGAGUUUCCACCUGGGAGUCCUUUAAACGAUUAGUCACUCCAAGGAAAAAAUCGAAGUCAAAACUGGAAGAGAAAAGUGAAGAGUCUGUAACUGGGUCUGGUGUAGAACAUUCAGCUUCAGAUGCAGAACCUGGGAAAGAAGAGUCUUGGGUUUCGAUUAAGAAAUUCAUUCCCGGACGACGGAAGAAAAGGUCCGAUGGGAAACCAGAACAAACCGCUGUGGAAGACGCAGGACCAGCAGAGGUCAAUGAAGAGGAUUCCGAUGUCCCGGCCGUGGUUCCCCUGUCCGAGUAUGAUGCAGUAGAAAGGGAGAAAAUCGAAGCCCAGCAGGCCCAAAAAAGUGAGGAGCAGCCUGAGCAGAAGGCCGCUGUUUCUGUGUCAGAGGAGCUCAGUACGGAUCUGGUACGUGGGGUCACGGUGACUGUCCUUGACGGGGCAAGGGCUCUUACCAAUGUGGAAGAAAGGUCGCCAUCUUGGAUAUCCGCUUCGGUGACAGAGCCUCUUGACGAAACGGAAGAUGAAGCCAAACCCCUAACCGAGGACGUGUUUGAAGGAGAAGUCCUUGCAGAGGAAACCUCUGUUACCAAACCUCUACCAGAGGGUCAAGAUGCCAUUGAUGACACAGUCGUGAGUGAGGCGGAAUUAACUUCGGAAGCUGUGACAGCCGCGGAAGCUACCGGGGCCCUUUGUGCUGAAGAAGCAGCAGAGGCAUCUGGUGCUGAAGAGACCGCCGACAUGGUGUCCGCUGUUUCUCAGCUAACGGACUCUCCAGACACCACAGAGGUAGCAACGCCUGUUCAGGAGGUGGAAGGUGGCGUACCACGCCUCGAAGACCAAGAGAGGCGGACUCAAGAGGUCCUGCAGGCAGUUGCAGAAAAAGUGAGAGAAGAAUCACCACUGCCUGACACCAGAGGGCCAGAAGACACCACUCGGACAACGCGGGGAGUAGAAGCCGAGAUACCAGAGAAGGUGGAGGAAGCGGAAGAGGAUUCACAAAGGCAAGACCUGAAGAAAGAGACGGAGGUAGCGCUGGAAGAACGUGCACAAGAAACUAAACCUGAGACUUUGGCACAAGGGGAAGUAAUCGUACAGGCCACCCCAGAAAGCUUGGAGAAAGUUCCUCAAGUCACAGACAGCGUGGAGUCCAGUGAGCUUAGAACCACUUGUCAAGCUGAAACCCUGGUUGGGGCAACAUCAGAAUCGAUUCUGGAACAGGCUGUUGCCCCGGACUCAGCUGAAACCCUCACAGACAGCGAGACCAACGGGAGCACCCCAGUAGCUGAUUUUGAAGCUCUCCAUGUAACACAACCAGAGCAGAUCCCGGGGAUGCACGAAGGUCCUGAGGUUGCAUCGGGCGCACCGCCCCAGGUCACAGAAGCAGAGGCAGUUCCUGCACCCGAAGAGGGGCCUCCAGCACCUUCUACUUUCCCAUCCGAAGAAGAAGAUAAAGGACAUUCAAAAAUGGAAGAGAUUCUAGAACGCACGGACAAAGAGGUAUCGGUGGAAGCUGUACCCACUCUUUCAAAGACCGACGUGAUAGAAGAGGAAGGCCAGUUCGCCGAUAGGGAAAGCAAAGACGAAGCUCUCGUCGACGGCCCUGAUGUGACAGCGGCCCCUGAAACAACCAUCAGUCAGGAAGAGACGAGUGACCUUGCCCUUCAAGAUGAAGCUACUGAAGACCCCGAAUUUCAGAAGAAGGAGGAUGAUACCGAAGUCCAGAGCCGUACACCCUCUCCCAGCCCGGUGGGGAGGGAGCUGGUAGUUCAAGUAGAAAAGGAGGAAAUAGAAGCAAAGCCAACCCAAGCCACCGAAGAAGAACUUGAGCAAAAACCCACCGUGACCGUCUCUGAGGAGCUUAGCAAGGAACUGGUGCAGACAGUUAGGGUGGCCGUCAUCGACGGGGAAAAGGAGGUUACCAUUUGGGAAGAAAGUUGUCCGCAGCUAGUUGAAGAGGCAGCGGUAUGCACAGAAGUCCAAGUGCAGAGCUCUGAACCGUUACCUCUAACAGCCGCAGUGGUGGAGGAGAAGGUCUUGGGAGAAGCUGUCAAGAGUGUAGAUGCCAGUGAGACCCUGGAACCUGCGGGCGCACAUUUAGCCCCAGAAGAAGAAUCCUCCACAAAGGAUGAAGGCCUGACGGCCCAGCCAGGGGCGGUCGAGGUGCCCACGGGGACUGAGGCUCGGCCGGAACCUGGACCGGGAACUGCCCCGGGAACUGCCCCGGGAACCGCAUCAGCUGAGCCUGACGGAGGCACGAGCGCUGCCCCGGAAGGAGAGAAAACCACCCCCCAGAGACAGACCUCAGAGGAAGAGGACGGGCCGGCUGCUUGCCAGGAAGUCCCGGCAAGAGAGGAGGAUCUAAAGGCUGAAAACGACCUCUCGAAACUUCAGACCGAGAGUAGUAAACUUGUACAGAAUGUGAUCCAGACAGUUGUUGGUCAGUUAGGAGGCGCGGAAGAAACAGCCGCGGACCUCCAGACCCAGGCUCAGCCGCUGACGGCGGACGGCCAGGAGGCCAGCUCGGAGGCCAGGCCGCACGUUGAGACGGAAGGAGGCGAGCUUCAGGCCUCUGCACCAGAUGGAACCCACACUGUUGACGCCAAAGAAGAACCCCCACUAACCGCCGUGGAGCAGACCCCUUCUGAGGUUUCUGAAGCCUCGGAAGCUGUGAGUGAAGCUCCAGAAAAGAUCACAGCCAUCGAGGUAGAAAGUUCAAGCGUCCAUGACCAGCAGCUUGAAGAGGCAGCUCUCCCAUCUGAAGAAAAGAAAGAAACAGCCAGAACCGAGCCUGUCCCAGAAGAUUGUGAUGGUGCCGGGUCAGAAGGAAGGAUAGAGGAGUCGCUCUUUGAAUCCCAAGAAGAUAAAAAAGGUGAUGAGGUUGAUGACCCUGAGAGCCACCACUCGUGCUCACCCCUGGAAGAUUCUGAGGCCCCAGGAGACGUAAGCCAAGAGGCCCCGGACACGGAUGGACCAACAGGCAAAAAGAAGGAAGGUGGCCAGGAAGUAGAAUUCCAGGAAGCCAAAGUCCACAGCGAGCCAGAAGAUGAGAUUCAAACCCAAACACGGGACGAGACACAGAAACAAGAGGGAGAACCGGCCAAAUCAGAACCCACAGGAUCCUAAUGCAUCAUGUCCACCCUGAGUGUCUGCAAGACCGGAAUGUGAAGACGAGUGGUAGGAGGAAAUGGACGCUGCUGACGAGACUCGAGACCAGUGUUUCAGACUCAGAACCGAAGAACAGGCCCCUCGACUGACCUCCUUUCUGGAGCACCCUGACAACCCUGAGGCUGCAUCGGGAGCUAGAGCCAUUUAACGUUUCCUCUUCGCAGGGCCACCCCAUUACUUUCCCUUGAUACCCUUAUUAUAAUGUUUCUGAUUUAAGGUCCUAAAUUCUUAACCUGGAACUGGAGUUGGCCAAACCUAGUUCUGCUUCUCAAACUGGAGUAUCAUCCUUUAUGUAUUUAUAUGUAUGUUUUAAGUAACCCUUCCUGUAUCUAUUGUAUAUUUUUUUUUUCUUAACAAUUAAGGAAAUGUGCAGUUUUGUAUCACACAGCACGUGGCGGGGGCAUGCAGCCGUGGUCAAGCCUUGGGAAGCUCUAAGCCUCAGCUGUAACCUGUGAAAACAGCUUCCUGGAGACAACAUUCCUGAUCAGAAGCUAUAGUUUGUACUUUAAAAUCCACUAAGGAGUAGGUCUGUGUUUCAUAUCGCUCUAAAAUUGGUCACUCUCCUAUUAUGCACAGUGUGCUAAAAAUAAGCUUUUUUUGGGGGGGAACAUACAGAAUGUUCCAUUGUUACUGUGAAAUUUUUCUUUCUAGCUCAGUGGGGGUUGGAAGGGAGUUUUUUUCAGUAGCAGAUUAACUUUUAAGCCUUUUCUCUGGAUUGUGGUGGUUUGGACAGAUGAGUGUGCUUAAAUCCUGAGGCAAAGCAGUGAGAAAUGUUUUUCAUCUUAUCAAGAAAACAAUUUGGCUGUUUUUUAAGUUUUUGAUUCUACUCUUCUAUGCUGGACCACACUCACACGCAGCAUGAAGUCAGUCAGGUUCUUGACAAAUGGUAUUUUGAUAGGUACUGGAUUGUAUCUGUGCCAUAUUUGUGCCCACUCUUUUAAGGACAAUGUUGCAUUAUGUUCAUUUGGAUAAACUGUGAUUUGACAACUGAUUUAAAUAAAAUAUUUGCUUCACUUAGAUUUGCUGGUUUUAUUAGAUACUAGGAAGCCUGGGGCGUGUCUCCUGAGUGCUAAAAGCAGGUAAAGUAGAAGUUUCUGGUGUAGUUGCCACAUGAUGUCACCACUUGAUACCAGUUUGAGGUCAUGUGCCGAGGAACUCCUAGCAGAGAGGCAUCAGCUAAAAUAAACCAAGGGCUUUGAGACUGACAGUACUGACACAGUGCCACCAUCUGGUGGUGCGUCUUCCUGAAAAGGUCAAUUUUCUUUUAUUAGUUUCGGUCUUAAACAAUGAAAGAUGUCUAGAAAGAAAUCUUAAGAAGGCUUAAUGAUAAAAAUGCCUUACCUAACAGGUGCUUUUAGAAUUUUUUUAAAAUGUCAAUGAUUUAUGAUUCAUGCUAAGAUGUAAAAAGUUUUGUCAAAUUGCCACAGUCGCCUGUGUACUCUAUAGAGUUCCACUUUUUCACAUGUAGAAAUGGCGUGGCACAUAAAGAAAGGUUUCUUAAAUUGCACUGAAACGUAGAACUCUGGUGAGCAAACCCAAAUUUCACCUGCUAGCUAAUGAUUUUAAAGCAUCCUAGAUGUUCUAGAAACACUAGUUUAGCAGAAGGAAAAUAGGCUGUUAAAAUCAGAAAGUAGUUGAUGUUAUAUCAACAAACCUGACAACUAAAAUGGCAAUAUUAGACAUCUCAUGAUAACAGUGUAUGGCCUUGUAGUUGGAAAAUGUUUAAUAACCCUUUAGGAGUUACUCUCAUAUGUAACAGUCAUCCAAGCUUAUUAAGCUUUAAAAUCCCCAAAUUAAAAAAAAAAAAAACACAACCCUGAUCUAAGUAUCUUUUACCAACUGGAGACUUAAAAAUUAAUCCAAGUGCUGGUGUCAAUUUUCGAAGACCAACCAGGAGAUAGUAGAGAUGAGAGGAAUGUCUAAGGGGCUCCUGACAGGUCCAAACACCUACUUCGUCUCUAUGGCCCAAGGAGGCUUUGCCUUGAAGAGAUUACAGAUUCAUAUAGUCAAGUGAUAGAUGAAAUUUUUUUUGUUUUUGUGUUUUGUUUUUUGUUUGUUUAAACCCCAUCCUGCCAUUCCACUCUGUAUUUUCUGUUCUCUGACCACAUGUGGCCAAGUUAUCCUGGCCAUUGCAAGUGAAUUUCCAGCAGUCGUUGCUUCGUGACUGUGCUUUUCAUACUCCUACCUGGAUGUGCCCUGGGUUCCUUCUGUACGAGCUCUAUACCAAUGUCUGUUGAGCAACUUUUAUUAACCAGAGGAAUGCAAUUAACAGUAGCAUGAAAUAGAAUACUGUAGUAUAAUUCUAAAGCUGCUGUUAAUACAUAAUAGCCAAGUGUAAACUGCAAAAGUUCGAACAAGUGCCUAUAUUUUGCUAUUUUUGGCAUUACUGUAGAGCCAUGUACAAUAGAAAGCAAUGCAAGACUUGUAAACUUCUCACCUCUUCUUGUAAUCGAGGAAUACCAAAUGCUCCCCCUCAGGUUAUUUUGCUAAUGGUACACAUAAGUUGCCUCUCUCUGUUACAAAUACUGUGUUCCAAUAUUUUACUUUGGUGUUUGGAGCUACAAAUAGUCAAGGGCUGGAAAUUUUAGCUUUCAGUAAGCUUCAAGCCUAGCCAUUUCUUUUUAAUCUGAGACAAUAUUUGAUUCCUAGUUCUGUUUGGGGGUGAAUUUUCAUUUAUCUAAAUAAAAUGCAAUGCAAUUAAA